AUGCCAGGUCGUGCACUUAAACGAGUGAAAGUGAAUUAUCCAUGCAAUAUUUGUAAGCAUACUUGUGAUGAAUCUCAAUGUGAGGAACCCUCAGUUUUAUGUGACGCAUGUGACAAUUGGGUUCAUAUUUCAUGUGAACAGAUUUCUACAAAGGAUUUAUGCUACCUAGACGGUGACCAUCCAUACACGUGCAGUGUUUGCAUAAGGACAGCUGAUGGCCCAACAGAUGCGCUUAAACGACUUAAGCAGUCAGGUGCUGGUAUUUCGACAGAGAGUGGUAUACCUGACUAUAGAUCUGAGGGAGUUGGCCUGUAUGCAAGGAGUACUAACAGACCCGUGCAGUACCAGGACUUUGUGAAAGACCCAAACAUAAGGCAGAGGUACUGGGCACGGAACUAUGUUGGUUGGCCAAAGUUUGGAUUUUUCUUACCAAACAAAUCUCAUGUAGCAUUGGCGGAGUGGGAAAGAAAGGGCAAAGUUCAUUGGUUGAUCACACAGAAUGUGGAUGCUCUUCAUUAUAAAGCUGGGAGUAAAAAUGUUACAGAACUUCAUGGCAGUGCUCACAGGGUGAUGUGUUUAAUUUGUGACCAUAAAAUGACACGCCCAGAAAUGCAGGUUUUAAUAGAAUCAUACAACCCGAACUGGAGUGCUCAGUCAGAUGAGAUAGCCCCGGAUGCAGACGUACAGCUGACACAAGAUCAGAUAGAUGGUUUUAAGGUUCCACCAUGCCCAAGUUGUGGAGGUCCGUUGAAGCCAGAAAUAACAUUUUUCGGAGAUAAUGUGCUCAAGCCAAUAGUGGAGUUUGUUCAUGAUAAAGUUAAAGAAAGUGACAGUUUACUAUUUGUUGGAACCUCGUUACAGGUAUACUCAGGGUACAGAUUUGCUGCUGCAGCCAAGGACCAAGGCAAGCCAAUAGCUAUUCUUAACAUUGGACCUACCAGGGCCGACAAAUUAGCUCAUUUACAGAUACACGGAAAAUGUGGUGACAUUUUACCUAAAAUUCAAAUCUGGAGAUAAUGUUGGUAAAAUAUUAAUAGUAGUGAUAAAAUGUGAUAUUAUUUAUCUCAGUGCAGGACAAUUUGAACUUUUAAAGUUUCUCAAAAUUUGGUACAAGUCAGAGGUCAAAGUGGGUGAUACUCUUACACAGUGCUUACAGAUAAAGAAAACACAGGUUCAAAUAUCAAUUAAAAACAGUCAUUCUACAUGUAAUUUUAUAUAAAAAAAGAGCAUAUUUUUAGGGUAAGAAUUUUUAUUUUGGUUACAGUAAAGAAUCAUGACAUAAUUUGUGUGUAUCUAUUUAUCAGUGUCUUACAUAAUUUUUAUGUGAUUGAACAUUAAUUUUUUUGUAAAGAUGGUGAUGUGAAACCUUAGUCCUAAUAUAUAGAUUGUUAGCAAAUAAGCUUGGUCUAGAACUCGAGAGUCAGCUUCAGUAAUAUUGAUAAGCCAGGAACUGGAAUUGAAUGGUAGUAUCAAGUUAAAUCAAGUAUAGAUGUAUCAACAAGAGGUAGAUAAAGACAAUAUUAUCAUAGUCAUUAUAUCACAUAUUUUUAUAUUUGACCUUACUAUACAUUUGUAAAGGUGUGAAAUUAGUGUGACAGCAUCAUACAAUCAAAGCACAGAAGGCGCUGAAUUUGUUUGGGUCUCAGAAUGUCAGAAAGGUGAAGGUUGUGAGAUUAUAAACCAAUUC